GGAUGAGGCGGGGUUCGGGCGGUUGGCUCCCGCGGCCGCGCUUCCCGGUGGCGAGGGCGCCAUGGCGCUGCCCUGGGUGCAGCGCGUCGAGCUCGUGCUGUUCGCCGCCGCCUUCCUGUGCGGGGCCGUGGCGGCCGCGGCGCUGACGCGGACCCAGGGCUCCUUCAGUGGCAGCUGUCCCCUGUAUGGUGUGGCCGCCCUGAAUCGUUCCUCCCUGGCCUUAUCCCGACCCUCAGCCCCUUCCCUCUGCUACUUUGUGGCUGGGGUCUCUGGCCUUCUGGCCCUCUACUGCCUCCUGCUUCUGCUCUUCUGGGUCUACAGCAGCUGCAUCGAGGACUCCCACAGAGGCCGGAUGGGGCUCCGCAUCGCACUGGCCAUCUCCACUAUAGCCAUCUUCCUGGUCUUAGUGUCUGCCUGUGUCCUUCGAUUUGGCACCAGUUCUCUCUGCAACUCCAUUGUCUCCCUGAACACUACAACUAGCUGCUCUGAAGCUCAGAAAAUUCCGUGGACAUCUUGGUUGCAGUUCUAUUCCAACCUACACAAUGCUGAAAACUCUUCUUGGGUGAAUCUGGUACUGUGGUGUGUGGUCCUGGUGCUCCAGGUCAUGCAGUGGAAGUCUGAAGCCACCCCAUACCGGCCUCUGGAGAGGGGGGACCCCGAGUGGAGCUCUGAGACAGAUGCUCUCGUGGGGCCACACCUUUCCCAUUCCUGAAGAGAACCCAGAGUGCCUUCUGCAGCCAAAGACUCCGUGCCCAAGUGCCCGCACUCCUCUUCCCCGCUCGGCCCCCUUUUUGCCGGGAGCCUCAGUUUUCCCUCCAGGAAGGAAACAUGACGACAGGCCUCCUCCACUUCUCUUCCUACAGCUGUUUUUAUACCAAAAUAUAUUACUUUCUUCUUUCAUCUU